AUGGCCGGCAAAGUCGACCUCCUCAUCCUCGGCGCCGGCUGGACCUCCACCUUCCUCGCCCCGCUCUGCGCCUCCCGCGGCGUCUCCCACGCGGCGACGACGCGCACCGGCCGCGACGGCACGCUCCCGUUCGACUUCGACCCCGCCUCGGACGCGCCCGCGCCGUUCCGCGCGCUGCCCGCCGCGCGCGCGGUGCUCGUCGCGUUCCCGCUGCGCGCGCCGGGCGCGGCGGCGCGGCUCGUGCGGCUCUACCGCGCGACGCACGGGGACGCGGGGCCGGAGACGCUGUUCGUCGCGCUGGGCUCGACGGGGAUAUGGGACGGGAGCCCGACGAUGCAGCCCGACACCUUCGCGUGGACGGACCGCCACUCGCCCGUGGACCCGACGAACGCGCGCGCCGCCGCGGAAGAAGAGCUCCUCGCGCUCUCGCCCGGGACCGCGCGGACGACGGUGCUCGACCUGAGCGGGCUCUGGGGCGGCGCGCGCCAGCCGCGCAAUUGGGUCGCGCGCGUCGCGGCGAGCAAGGACGCGCUGCGGGCCAAGGGCAGCAUCCACAUGGUGCACGGGCUCGACGUCGCGCGCGCGGUGCUCGCCGUGGCCGCGCACCCGGAGCGCGCCGCGGGCCAGCGGUGGCUCCUCACGGACACGCACGUCUACGACUGGUGGGACUGGGCGGCGGGCUGGGGCUCGGAGGAGCAGCAGCGGUGGGUGCAGGAGCUCAUGGACGAGGCCGGGGUGCGCGCGCUGCCGCGGCCGCCGGAGAUGCUCGGGCGGGCGAUGGACAGCGUCGAGUUCUGGCGCACGUUCGGGCUCGCGCCUCUCAAGGGGCGGUUGGGCGAGGAUUGA